ACGCCCGGGAGCGGGCGGAGAGCGUGGUUUCAGCACCCAGGUUGCGCGCCACCGCAGGCUCCCCCCCAUCACCAGCCAGACACCUAGGUUGGCCUUGUUCGCUGCCGCCUUGCGCUCCAGAAGAGGGUAGCCGCGCUCCGCGUCGCCGCCUAGGGACUGCGGGGUCUGCCUCGGCCCGCCUCCAGGGUGGGCGGCUGCAGGCGGGCCGGAGCUCCAAACAUCCUCGGAUUGCGCGGGGGUUGCUGCGUUGCGUCUCGCUGGCUGAGAACAAGUCCUAAGUUGGUGUGGUGGGUGCCUCUGCCUUCGUCUAUCCUCCGAGGCGACCGCGGCAGAAGCGCGCCCCAGGAUCCUGGCUUCUCCAGUGCUGUGAACCGCGGUGGCCAGGCACUCUCCUGAGCUCCCGCUGGCCAAGUGAGGGACCGAACGCCCAGAGCCGAGCUGGCCCCGCAGCGAAGGGCCCGGAGGGAGCUGCGGUUCUCUGCCCGCAACCUUCUCGGCCAGGGACCGCGGGGAUCCCCGGCCACACGCGAGCGCGCGCUCCCACACUCACUCACACACACACUCGCUCUCCCGCACGCCAGGCUGGAGCUGGGCUGCGGAGAGGGUGUCCAGGCGCGCUCAGAGGACCCGUCAGCUGCUGUCCGGAGUGGAGCAGGAAGCUAAGGCAGGGAUCUAGGAGAGAGGCUCCCCAGGUGCUGUGCCGGAGCAUGGGGCCCGAUGAGCUCUGAGAGUCGCGGCCGCAGCAAUCAGCCCUGGAGAUGACCAGGGGCGGCCACUGCUGAGAACUAUGUGGAGAGAGGCUGCGAGCCCUGCUGCAGAGCCUCCGGCUGGGAUAGCCGCCCCCCGUGGGGGCGAUGCGGACAGCGCGGGACAGCCAGGGGAGCGCGCGGGGGCCGCAGCAUGCGGGAACCCGCUAAACCCGGUGGCUGCUGAGGCGGCCGAGAUGCUCGUGCGCGCAGCACGCCCCAUUGCAUCCUCCACCUUCUCCGGCUACAGGGACCCUAAGUGGCGACCAUGGGCAGACUGGGCUACUGGACCUUGCUGGUACUGCCGGCCCUUCUGGUCUGGCGCGGUCCGGCGCAGGACGCAGCGGCGGAGAAGGGUCCCCCAGCGCUGAACAUUGCGGUGCUGCUGGGUCACAGCCACGACGUGACAGAGCGCGAACUUCGAAAUCUGUGGGGCCCGGAGCAGGCAACCGGCUUGCCCCUGGACGUGAACGUGGUGGCAUUGCUGAUGAACCGCACCGACCCCAAGAGCCUCAUCACGCAUGUGUGCGACCUCAUGUCUGGGGCGCGCAUCCAUGGCCUCGUGUUUGGAGAUGACACCGACCAGGAGGCUGUGGCUCAGAUGCUGGAUUUUAUCUCCUCACAGACUUUCGUCCCCAUCUUGGGCAUUCACGGGGGUGCAUCUAUGAUUAUGGCUGACAAGGAUCCGACGUCCACAUUCUUCCAGUUUGGAGCGUCCAUCCAGCAGCAAGCCACGGUUAUGCUGAAGAUCAUGCAGGAUUAUGACUGGCAUGUCUUCUCCCUGGUGACCACCAUCUUUCCUGGCUACAGGGACUUCAUCAGCUUCAUCAAGACAACAGUGGACAACAGCUUUGUGGGCUGGGACAUGCAGAACGUGAUCACACUGGACACUUCCUUCGAGGAUGCCAAGACACAGGUCCAGCUGAAGAAGAUCCAUUCUUCUGUCAUCUUACUCUACUGUUCCAAAGAUGAGGCUGUCCUCAUCCUGAGUGAGGCUCGCUCGCUUGGCCUCACUGGCUAUGACUUCUUCUGGAUUGUCCCCAGUUUGGUCUCUGGGAACACAGAGCUUAUCCCCAAAGAGUUUCCAUCAGGACUCAUUUCAGUCUCCUACGAUGACUGGGACUACAGCCUGGAGGCGAGAGUGAGGGAUGGUCUUGGGAUCCUAACCACUGCCGCAUCUUCCAUGUUGGAGAAAUUCUCCUACAUCCCUGAGGCCAAGACCAGCUGCUAUGGGCAGGCAGAGAAGCCAGAGACCCCUCAUCACACUCUGCACCAAUUUAUGGUCAAUGUGACAUGGGAUGGCAAAGACUUGUCCUUCACUGAAGAAGGCUAUCAGGUGCACCCCAGACUUGUGGUGAUCGUGUUGAACAAGGACCGAGAGUGGGAAAAGGUGGGCAAAUGGGAGAACCAGACCCUGAGCCUGAGGCAUGCUGUGUGGCCAAGGUACAAGUCCUUUUCUGACUGUGAGCCAGACGACAACCACCUGAGCAUUGUCACCCUGGAGGAAGCCCCCUUCGUCAUCGUAGAAGACAUAGACCCGCUGACAGAGACCUGUGUGAGGAACACGGUGCCCUGUCGGAAGUUUGUCAAGAUCAACAACUCAACCAACGAAGGGAUGAACGUGAAGAAGUGUUGCAAGGGGUUCUGCAUCGACAUCCUGAAGAAGCUGUCCAGGACUGUGAAGUUCACCUAUGACCUCUACCUGGUGACCAAUGGGAAACAUGGGAAAAAGGUUAACAAUGUGUGGAACGGCAUGAUAGGUGAAGUUGUCUAUCAGCGAGCAGUCAUGGCCGUGGGCUCGCUCACCAUCAAUGAGGAGCGUUCGGAAGUGGUGGACUUCUCGGUGCCCUUUGUGGAGACAGGAAUCAGUGUCAUGGUCUCCAGGAGUAAUGGCACUGUCUCCCCUUCUGCUUUCCUUGAACCCUUCAGCGCCUCUGUCUGGGUGAUGAUGUUUGUGAUGCUGCUCAUUGUCUCUGCCAUUGCUGUCUUUGUUUUUGAAUACUUCAGUCCUGUUGGAUACAACAGAAACUUAGCCAAAGGGAAAGCUCCCCAUGGGCCUUCUUUUACAAUUGGAAAAGCUAUAUGGCUUCUCUGGGGCCUGGUCUUCAACAACUCUGUGCCAGUCCAGAAUCCUAAAGGCACAACCAGCAAGAUCAUGGUGUCGGUGUGGGCCUUCUUUGCUGUCAUUUUCCUGGCCAGCUACACAGCCAACCUGGCUGCCUUCAUGAUCCAAGAGGAGUUUGUGGACCAAGUGACAGGCCUCAGUGACAAGAAGUUUCAGAGACCUCAUGAUUAUUCCCCGCCUUUCCGAUUUGGGACAGUACCCAAUGGGAGCACAGAGAGGAAUAUCCGUAACAACUACCCCUAUAUGCAUCAGUACAUGACCAAAUUCAACCAGAGGGGAGUGGAGGACGCCUUGGUCAGCUUGAAAACAGGGAAGUUGGACGCUUUCAUCUACGACGCGGCCGUCUUGAAUUACAAAGCCGGAAGGGACGAAGGCUGUAAACUGGUGACCAUCGGGAGUGGGUACAUCUUUGCCACCACUGGCUACGGAAUUGCCCUCCAGAAGGGCUCGCCCUGGAAGAGGCAGAUCGACCUGGCGCUGCUCCAGUUUGUUGGUGAUGGUGAGAUGGAGGAACUGGAGACGCUGUGGCUUACAGGCAUCUGCCACAAUGAGAAGAAUGAGGUGAUGAGCAGCCAGCUGGACAUCGACAACAUGGCGGGCGUGUUCUACAUGCUGGCCGCAGCUAUGGCCCUCAGCCUCAUCACCUUCAUCUGGGAGCACCUCUUCUACUGGAAGCUGCGCUUCUGCUUCACCGGCGUGUGUUCUGACCGGCCCGGGCUGCUCUUCUCCAUUAGCAGGGGCAUCUACAGUUGCAUCCAUGGUGUGCACAUUGAAGAAAAGAAGAAGUCUCCAGACUUCAAUCUGACUGGGUCACAGAGCAACAUGCUAAAGCUUCUUCGGUCAGCCAAGAACAUCUCCAACAUGUCCAACAUGAACUCCUCAAGAAUGGACUCACCCAAAAGAGCUACUGACUUCAUCCAAAGAGGGUCACUUAUUGUGGACAUGGUUUCAGACAAGGGGAAUUUAAUAUAUUCAGACAACAGGUCCUUUCAGGGGAAGGAGAGCAUAUUUGGGGACAACAUGAAUGAACUCCAAACAUUUGUGGCCAAUAGGCACAAAGAUAACCUCAGUAACUAUGUGUUCCAAGGACAGCAUCCUCUCACUCUCAAUGAGUCCAACCCUAACACAGUAGAGGUGGCUGUCAGCACUGAAUCCAAAGGGAACUCCCGACCGCGGCAGCUUUGGAAGAAAUCCAUGGAGUCUCUACGCCAGGAUUCUCUGAACCAGAACCCUGUCUCACAGAGGGAUGAAAAGACUGUAGAGAAUAGAACCCACUCCCUAAAGAGUCCUAGGUAUCUUCCAGAAGAGGUAGCCCACUCUGACAUUUCAGAAACUUCAAGUCGGGCCACAUGCCACAGGGAGACAGAUAACAAUAAGAACCACAAGACCAAGGAUAACUUCAAAAGGUCAAUGGCCUCCAAAUACCCCAAGGAUUGUAGUGAGGUUGAUCGUACCUACAUGAAAACCAAAGCAAGCUCUCCCAGGGAUAAGAUCUACACCAUUGAUGGUGAGAAAGAGCCCAGUUUCCACUUGGAUCCUCCACAGUUUGUUGAGAACAUAGCCCUCCCUGAGAAUGUGGGCUUCCCAGAUCCCUACCAAGACCACAGUGAGAACUUCCGCAAGGGAGACUCCACGCUGCCCAUGAACAGGAACCCGUUACACAGUGAAGACGGGCUUCCCAACAAUGACCAGUAUAAACUCUAUGCCAAGCACUUUACCUUAAAAGACAAGGGUUCCCCACACAGCGAGGGCAGUGAUCGAUACCGGCAGAACUCCACACACUGCAGAAGCUGCCUUUCCAACCUGCCCACCUACUCAGGCCACUUUACCAUGAGGUCUCCUUUCAAGUGUGAUGCCUGUCUGCGGAUGGGGAACCUCUAUGAUAUUGAUGAAGACCAGAUGCUUCAGGAGACAGGUAACCCAGCUACUCAGGAGGAGGUCUACCAGCAGGACUGGUCCCAGAACAACGCCCUCCAGUUCCAGAAGAACAAGCUAAGGAUUAACCGACAGCACUCCUAUGAUAACAUUCUGGACAAACCCAGGGAGCUAGACCUCAGCAGGCCCUCCCGGAGCAUAAGCCUCAAGGACAGAGAACGGCUACUGGAGGGCAACUUAUAUGGGAGCCUGUUCAGUGUUCCCUCAAGCAAACUCUCGGGGAACAAAAGCUCCCUCUUCCCCCAAGGUCUGGAGGACAGCAAGAGAAGCAAGUCUCUCUUGCCAGACCACACCUCUGAUAAUCCUUUCCUCCACACGUAUGGGGAUGACCAACGCUUAGUUAUUGGGAGAUGUCCCUCGGACCCUUACAAACACUCAUUGCCAUCACAGGCAGUAAAUGACAGCUAUCUUCGGUCGUCCUUGAGGUCCACAGCAUCGUAUUGCUCCAGGGACAGUCGGGGCCACAGUGAUGUGUACAUUUCAGAGCAUGUUAUGCCUUAUGCUGCAAAUAAGAAUAACAUGUACUCUAACCCCAGGGUUUUAAAUUCCUGCAGCAAUAGACGUGUGUACAAGAAAAUGCCUAGUAUCGAAUCUGAUGUCUAAAAUCUUCCAUCAGUGUUUAUCUAUAAGGAAACAUGGAAUGGCCAACGUUCUGGAGGGUAAAUGUUGGAUGUCCCAUAGCACCCUACUAAGAGGAAAAGGAUUUAGGGAGGUACUUUUUUGUUGGCUCUUUUGCACAUGGCUCCAUGCCAUAAUCUUUCACUCAAGGAAUCUUAUGAGGUAUGUACUGUACUCAGCACAUACCAGAUAGAUAAAUCCUUAACCAAAAACAAAUAAAUAAAUAUGGGCAAGGCUCCUAGACAUGCCGACUGGGUAUGGUGGCAAUAAUGGUGCAUCGGAUGGCGACAGUGAUAUUGUGAUUGCCUAUAUUCCAAAUUCCAUGAAGAUCAAUCUACCAUGUACCUUCCCCAUCAGAAAUGCCUCACCGUUUCUCUAAUACAGAAUAAGCAAUAUGGUAUGCAUGUAAGUCUGACACAGACAAUAAGACAGUUAAGAAUGCAUUUGCACUCUAGUAAGAUUGACAUGUGCAAGGAUUAAGAAGUUUGGCUUGUAACAGUUCUCAGCUUUCUUGUUAUGCCUUCCAUUACAACCCUGGCUCAGCCCCCAAGAACUCCAGGUUCCCCCAAAGAAUAGCAAAUCAGUGUGUUCAUUGUAUGUAUGCUACUUUCCUUGUAGUCUGUCCCCAAUACACAUCUGGAAAAAAUAGCCACAGGGACUCUCAGGUGGAGAGCUAUAAGAAUCUCUUUGAAUGUUAAUGUUUGUGUAUCUCUCACCCUCAGCUUCAAUGGUCUUGUUCGGAGCUGCAUAAACACAUUUAUGUCUUCGAUAUCUAGGUGUGGAUCCUCUGUCUAUGACAUAGUGGCCGUUGUAGUUUAUCUUGAAGACUCUUAUGUAAGUAAGUUUGCAUUUCUUCCCUUCUGGUGAUGACUCAGGGUUGUAUAGUAUCUCUUACCCGAUCCCUCCCAAAGUAAUUGUAACUUGUUCUGUCCCCCAACAGCCAUGAUGGUGUCUAAUUAGCUGUGUGUUGUGUUCCUAGAGUUGUUAAUGUGGUGACAUGUGCCAGCAGCCAUGUGUAAUCUGUAAGAAGUACCAUGCCAUCUGUGUGCCCAAGGCUAGCAUGGUUUUACAUUUAUCUUCCUUAAUAUCAGGAAACUCUAUUAGACACUUAUUUCUAUACAAACCUCCUCAAAUCAAAAGCCUUCAGACAUUAAAGCCACUUGUGCGUAUACCCUGAGCACUCUCCCAGCUAUGGAUAAACUCAGUAAGACGAGGGAUUUCUCUCCUCUGAAAGAUGCACCUUCUUGGAGGUGAACCAUUUCCCCAGCACCAACAGAGACAAAUGAGAAGUCUUCAAUGCCUUUGUCUUUCCUGAGUCACCUGUGUUGUUCUAUUCUUGGCCCACUCAAGCCUGUGCGUAUAUGAUAGAACAGAUACUCAUUAUUUUUAAAAAAUUGGACACAGUGAGAGCAAUAUUCAUGCAUGGAAAAUUUCUUAGCACAUAAAUUUCUGCCACAUUUUUUAUAAAGAUUCAAAAGGUAGUUAUGAUAUUUAUUAGACAAGGAUAUAUCACAAAACAGCAAAUAAUAUGAAUUAAUCAUUUUAUAUGGUUCCUUUCUAUCAAUUAUUAUAUUUUCAAUGCAUUAUUGUCUUGGAAAUAGCUGGGCUAGCCAGCGAUGGUAUUUUGCACGAGAUUUAGCCAGUUUGGUGUCUUGCUGCUAUGAAAGAGACUCACCAUUUCCUGUUUUUCUUUUUACCGAAUUUUGAUUUGGGUUCUUGGAGAAAAGGGCAGCACCACGGGUUGAAGCUUCAUUGUGUUUCUUUCCCUCAUGGGGUGUUUUGUUUUGUAGCUGGUGUUGUCCUGUAGUUGAGCGGGAGAGAGGAAGGUGAUCAUAGAGCUUGAGGAUGCUUCAAAUGGAGCUGGCCGUGGAACAGGCCACUCAGUCUGCAGUAUACCAUAAUGACAAAAAGUGACGCAAGAAGCCAGAGUGCCGGGGAUGCAGUGGCAGAGGGGAGUGGGCACGAGCAUGUCUCCUCUUGUCCUCAGGACACAGAAAGGGCUGAGGCAGUGCUAGAAGUUGACAAACUUCAAAGUCACAUUUUAUCCCAUGGAUUCAGCGUCCUUCCUCCCCAAGUCCCAAAGAUGGAGAAGUCUGUGUUAGGGAACCUGGAACAGUCUCCCCAGUUUCGGAUCUUAAAUGUCGGCUUCAGUGUCGGUAAACUCCUCCAGUUUGGCUCCCUGUGGCAUCCCAGACUGCAUGCCACUGCCAUGUCCUCACAGAAGUGAAUUUUAAGUUUCCUCACAAUACGGAGUACUGACUUGCCAUAAAUCCCAAGAGCUCUCUGCUUCCUGUAUUGUCCUCAAAGCCCAGGGGGCACUGUCCAAUGCUACAGCAUUCCAAUGAGACCACAAAUUACACUUCUACAGCCUCUUCAAAACCUUCUCAAGAAAAUCCAGAGAGCAUUUCUUCUAGUAACCCCAUACAAAAGAAAUUAAAAUGAGGCUUUUAGAAGAACCAAUCAUGCAAUAGGAAAGAAUACAAUUGUUUUAACACUAAGAUAUAAGUAAACAUUAGUAGUUAGGGCCUGUGUGGUAAAAAUGUUUUUUCUCCUCCACUAAUUCACUGGCUCUUACAUGUGAUGUUUUCAAAGAAGAACAUAAGAUGGUCAAUUUCCAACUGCAGGGUAAUCAUGUGGACCUGUUUGAAGGUAAUCCAAGUGAGUACCUUUCUUUGGAAAACUAACGUGAGGAGCGGCAGAUGGAACAUACAGUAGGAGCUGGUGAGGCUGAACAGGAAGUCCUGGACUCUGUAUCAGUUAGAGGGUCCCUGAGCAAAACCCAAGUUCCAAGCCCUUAGGCUCACAGGUGCUAAGAAGCCAGCAUCCCUGACUCCAACUGUCUGGCCUUCUGGAGUAAGUCAGGGCAGUUUCCUGCAGCCUGACAUCUCAGCAGCUUUGGCUGGUUUGGCCCAUUUUGGAAAACACCAAACCGUUCUUCAGAUGGAAGUACCUGAAUGCAAAUAGCCAGGAUUCCACAUCCUGUGUAAGAAAAAUUUCCAGGGCGUGACCCCCAUCCUGCCAAACCUCAGAGCUCUGGGAAACAGUUCUGCCACCCUUAGACCUGGAAGUUUGAGGCCACUUCUGUCUUCAGUGCUGCAAGAAAGCAAGUCCCCAGUGAUCUGUCUUCCUGUCAGCAAUACCUUCCUGAGGGCAAGGGUGAUAGCCUCACCACUAGCUACUGCUCUGUCCUCUGCAUUAUUGUAGCAAUCUAAAUAGUGACUGCCAUGCUCUGGGGUUCCCCCUCCCUGCCUCAAAGGAUACUUGAGAAGAGUUAAUAUUUAGCUUUCUCGUGGAAACAUUAAAAUCUAUCCAUUUCAGCAAAAAACAUCCUAUCAGUUCACACUUAUUUUCUGGGGAGAGAAAAUGAAAAUUACACCUUGUUUACAAAUGAAAUAGUUUCAUUUAAGUGGGACUUUAGCUAAGGCAGUUAAUUAGUCAAAAGAUCCACGGUAGUCACACAGUCUCAUGUUGUUUAUUCUAUUUGAUGUGUCUACCGCUGAUGUGUAUUUAAAAUUCUGCAUCCUUCUCAGGAAAUGACAAAUGCCCUGAAUUCUUUGCAAAUAGAAUUGCUAAUGAAAAAGAAAAUGAAAGUUGGUGUUAAUUAAAUGGUGAUUAAAAAUUUAUCUCCCUUAAACCUAAAAAGUGCAGCUUUAAUAAUUGCUUGUCAUAUAAAUAAAUACCUUGCACUGAAGUCCCUUGUGGUUUAAGACCUAAAUAAAUACUAAUGUGAGAAACGGAAAUCUCCGUCAGAGGAGCUGAAUGUACCCAUUAGCGUGAUGCACAUUCCUGUACUGUUUCUUUGUGUAGAGCUGUUGUGUGUGAAUCCUUAAGAAAAGGAUGUGAACUGUUUCAAGAUGGAGCUGGUUGGUACUACCCUUGGCUGUACCCUAGAAUUAACUGGACUUCAAGAAAUAGAGCUUAAGCAGGAGGAAGCCAAAUUUAUCAGUCAGUAUUUAAUAGUAAUUCAAGGUGAAAAGAAAAGAGGCCUUCCUUCCCAAAACACUGCUCAUUCACACUUGAGUCAAAAUUUGGCCUGUCUGUGUGCCCUCCCUCUUCUUUUGGUUGAACAGGAUCAGAAGCACUCAUUGGGAGUUUGUGGGUCUCUAUGUGAAAGGUUUUUCCAAUGCGGAGUUGCCGUUUUCCAGUCAGCCAUUUUCUUUUGUACUGUGUUCAUCUCUAAUUGUCUCUGAUGAGGUCAGCUUGAUACAGAUCAGAGAUGAUCAAAUGCACUCCUGUGAAUACAGUUGCUCAUGUACACAUGUGUAUAUUAUACAUGCUUGAUUUCUACAAUUCACACUUAAGUGUAUUAUCCAAACAAAGCUGUACAUAUUGUAAAGUUUAUGUUAAAAUUAAAUGGUGGUGAUGGUGUGAACACACAGAAACCCAUUCUGAUUAUUUUGAUAGGAGGGUAUUUAUGUAGAGAGGGCAUUAUAUUUUUUUAAGUAUUAGCUCUAGGAAGGAUGACAGGGCUCAAGGGGCUUUGAGCAUUGAUGUUCUUGGCCCCUUAAGAAACAAAAUUCUGGAGCUAGGCGUGUGCAAUAUAUGCUGCUUACAUUCAUUUUUGAAUAUGAUGCUGAUAUGGAUUUACAUGUGACUUUUGUAAACCCAUCAAAAGACAUAGAUUUGCUAUUUACAUUUCUUCCCUCUCUUGGCUUGUUCUGUGCCUAGAAGUGCUAUCAGUAUAGAAGUGCAAGAUGCCUGUCCAGGAGGAUCUGAGAUUAAAUGGAUUUUGUGGAGUGACACCAAGACUUCAGGGAAAGGGGACAAGUGACUGUCUAAGGUAGUCUAAGGGACAGUAAUCUGUCUAAGGUGAAAUCAGAAAGCAUCAGAGUUGGGGCUGGAACCCAAGACUCUGUGGUCUGAUUUCUGGCUUGGCACUCUUUACUAAGCUGACAUAUCUCUAGGUUUCUUUUAGGAAGACACUUCCCAUGGGUCCCUUUGGAAUAAGAGCCAGAGAAACUGAGAACUGCCCUGGCUUGCUUUGCCUCUUGCUCUUUGCAGAUCCAAGCAUGACUCUCUGAAUUUGGUUUUUCUUGAAGCUCCUUUGCAAUCCCAGGGUCCUGAGGAAGAGAGGAUCUUUCCUGGGGAGCCUAUCCUCUAGAGAAAAUCUACAAAGGAUCUAGUUUAAAGCUCCAAACCAAAGAAGAAAGCUGGCAGCACCCGGGGAGUGUGCUGUGCUGGCGCACGAGGCCCCGAUCAGCCCAUAGGACUAGACAAGGGGCAGUUUCAUCUUAAGUCCAGUUGGGGAGUAAAGGGCUGCAAAUGGAAUGGAAAAUAAACUCUCUUCCUAUAGGUAGUUCAUGCUUGAAAAAGUUAAUUCCAAAAUACAAAAGAUAACCAAGGACCAUACAACAAAAACAGAUUAAAUAGUGAAAAUCAGAAUUCGAUACUUUGCUGUUGUAAGAUCAAAAUUAAUCGAUACUAUAAUCAAACCUUUUUUUAAAAGUUCUUCCUCGAGUUUUAAGGAAUUGUGGAAAAUACAGUUGGUGUUGUUGGAAAUGGCCUUGAUUUCUUUGAUGUAUCUGAGACAUGGGGGGGGGGGCAGGAGCAGCUAAACAGGUGAAAAACUCACACUUCCCUAUUUUUCGCACAAGUGCUCUUGUCUCCGGCUCUAGCCAGCCCUGCACGGCUUUUACCAAAUCAUGCCUCGGAUGCCUCAAGAGGGCUGGAAAGCCUUCAGAGGUGUGGAAAAAUAGACCAUGGUGUAAAGGAGAAAGAGGAGAAGAACAGAAAGUUCUCCCAGCUGGGUCGCUCAUGGCCUUUAAAGACUUUUGAUAGCUCAGGGUGUGGACGGUCAGGGGAGAGGGUAAGAAUGUGCUUUGUGGAGUCCCAAGUGCCUACUGUUAUGGAUGGCAAAAGAAAUGCCAGGUUCCCUAGUGGAAAAAAGAGGACAAGGGUGUGAAGGAAGGGAAUCCGGGUGUGUUUCUGGCAGGACGGAGGGAUGGAGGGGUGUGGAAGGAGAUGCUUUCACACUAUGUGCCAUUCUGUGUAUAUGAGAAUGCUACAGUUUCUGCUCAUCACAAGUAUGCACCAUGGGUCAGCGUCUGAAUCUUGAAAUACCUAACUAUGUCUACACUGAAUGAAUUUAACCUUGAAGUUAAGUGUUAUUCUUCCCAUUUUGCAGAUGAGGAAACUAAGGCUGAGAUUGUUCUAAGCCUCACUAGCAACAGGGAGGUAGAGUAGAAGCAGAAAGAGAUGUGCUCAUUUCAGGUCCCCAGGAUUGUCCCUACCCAGGAUGCCUGGUUUGGGGGAUAUCAAGAACUCUUUGGGAUCCUUCCUCUGUUCACAGUCUCUUCCAAACCUGGAACACUGUUCAUGUCUCUUCUCUUCCACGUGCCUGCACUCAGCAUUAACCUUUUCAUUUUUUAUUUUGCUUCGAAAAUUUACCUUCUCUACUUAGCAUGUGCCUAACCUUAAGUAUCCCUUUCCCAAUCUCUUUUCUUCUUUAACAGUUGGCAUCAGGGCUAGUACCAUUAGACAUAUGUACAUAGUAUGCUUUCGAGAGUGUGUGGAGACAGUCACACACAUAUGCACACACUGCCUUGUGGUCCUCAAUCAAAGCUCUCUUAAGCACCAUGACCCCUUUCUAAACAGGAUGCUAUUUGCAGACUCACUGAUCCUCCUACUCAUCUGUGUUGGUUUAUCUUCGCCAGGCAGACAGAAUGAGGUUCAGAGGUAGGGCAGGGAAUGGGGAAUAGUUUUGUAUAAAUGAUGGAGUGUUUCAGUCAUCAGGGUGAUUGAGGGCCAGCUAUUAAAAUGCUGUUGUUGUUGUUUUUGUUGUUGUUGUUUUUCUUAGUCUGUUUCAUUUGUUAAAUUGCCUUAGAGAUGCACUCCUGGUCGUUAGUAUCAGGAUAAUUGUUGAUACACCAACACUUGUUAAUAUCCCAAGGAAGAGUGUUGAAUUGGGACCCUUCCACAGCACUUUACAGGAGCCAAGAGUGGCAUGGUGUCUAAUAUGUCAUGCAGGUGUUGCUCCCAAGCACACAGGUACCAUCUGUGCAUCCCCUCCCACCUGUGUUCUAAACCACACUUCUUUUCUGGCAUUUAUAUUUACAGUGAGGUGGGGUGUACUAGGCCCAUUUUAUAGAUGAGAAGAUAGAGCUGGGAUCACAAGGAAAAUUGCUUUGAAAGGCUCCAGAGUUGCAUUUUCAUUAAAAAAAAAUGUAGUCAUUGCUCCAAGUGCUUCUGGGGAGUCUUUGAACACAGUAUAAAUGCCCUUAGCUUAAUUCCUGAGAAUAGCUCUCCAGGUGUUUCCAUCCUUCAAGCUGACAGUCAAAAGCCUCAGUAUAGAGGAGUGUGGGCCUAGGGGUACAGCUCAAUUAGCAGAGUGUUUGUACAGGGCACAUAAGGCCUGGGUUUCAUGCCCAGCACUGUGAGCAUAAAUGGUGUGGUGACACACGCCUGGGAUCCCAACACUCAGGAGGCAGAUGCAGGAGGAUCAUGAGUUUAAGGUUAAGGUUAUACCCAGGCUACAUAGUGAAUUGGAGGCCAACCUGGGCUACAAGAGACCCUGUAUCAAAAUGAAAACAAAAACACAGAGGUUACUAGUAUUUAAUAGCUAUUCUGAGAUGACGUGUUUCUGCAUGAGACAAGGAGCCUCUCCCAGGGCUGCUGAACUCUGCAGAAGUUGAGUGCCUCCAGUGUCAGGGCUGAGAGCUCUACCUCUUUGGAGCUGUAUUUCAAAGCACACAAUUCCCCAGUAAACCACAAGCAAACUAUUUAAGGUGGAAUUAUUCCUCAGAUUCACUUCACAAAUCAGGUGUCAAUUGACUUCAGGAAGAAAUAAGACAGAAGCAAUUAUCACUCAUCAACCCCUUCUAGGUACCAUAUCAGCAAACCGAUGAGUUUGCAUUUUUAAAAUUCUAGAACAUUCCUCAUUAUCAGUAGCCCUGGGUCAUAACCUCUUCCAGUUAAUUCUCUUUCACACCUUUGGGAAGGAUUUAAAAACCUUCAAAAGGAUAUUAGCAUAACACAUAGCCAAUACCACAGAUGCCUUUUCAAUUAAUAAGGUUAAUUGUUCUCCAACUAGCAUAAGUUUGUCUUUGGCAUUUUCAGUAUUUCUCAUUGAUCUGACAUUUUGCUGUUUCAAGCUUUUAAAGGGCUCAAAUCAAAGACUAUUGAUAACUGAGCUAAUAGUGAAGGUCCAGAAAUAUAAGAAUACAUUGUCUGUUUUUCCAUGAGAAACAAUCACAGCCUUUUGAAUUCAUUGGAGGUUUUUGCAUUAAGCAUGUAUGAUAUAUUGAAUUGUUUCUCUUCCAGGUCAGGCUAAUUCACAUUAGGAAAUGGUAUUGACUUUUAAAACCUAUUUUCCUUUAAAAAGUAUCUUAAAUGUAUUAAGUUUGCAGACACAGCUCUGGGGCCAUGACUAUUAGGGAAAUAUUCCAUGUCAGAAACAGAAGAUUAAACAUGAUUUUGUGGCAAAUCUGAGCCAUCUUCUUUGAAAAUUUGGUGGAUUUGGAAAGAUCAAACUAGCAUUUCUAACAUUCAUGUUACUCUGAAUAUUUCAUUGGAAAGGAUGUAAGAGAACAAUUUUUUUUUCAAAGAAGAUAUUAAGUCAGGAAUAUGUAGGGAACAUGGUUGUUAAAAAAACACAAAUAAUCACAAAAUAAAUGUGGGUCAGAUGUUUUCCCAGCCGGAGGGUCCCCAAAGAUGUUUUUAUGGUUGUUUUCAAAGUCUGAAUGUUAAUCUUGUUCAUUCCCCUGAUAAAACAUAUUUAAGAGCAUAUCCUUGCCAAAUUAAUUGGUAGAAUUCAUCAUAGUUUAUAUGGCACUGGAAUGUUUGUGUAUGUGUACUUAGAUAUUUCAAGCUGAAUAUCAGGAAGAAUUCAGUGAGUUAAUUGGUGGCUUGAAUAAGAAAUAGGU